GAUCGAAGAGCGCGAUGUCAUCAGACUUGCAAUCGCCCUGCUCCAGCUCAAUGAGGCGCCCAAUUCGAGCCUUGAGGACCGGUGGCUGGAGGUUGUCGACGAGGAGGCAGCACCGGGCCUUCAUCCUGUUCUUGUACUAGGCCCAAGCACACACGCAAGCUCUUGGGACAUCGGGCUGGGCCGUUCAAGGUCGUCGCUGCGCUGCCGCACUCGUUUAAAAUUCAGCACUUGGUGACAUGGCGCAAGCACGACGUCCUUGCUUCCCGUUUGAAGUUUUACUCGGAUGCAGAACUGGAUACAACUGCAGAGAUACUUAAGCUGGUGUCAAGCCGAGGUAUGCCUCUUAGUGUUGACAGGCUCGUCGAUCAUCGAUACGUCGCUGCACUGGGAGCUGUUCGUGUCCUGGAUGGGGCUGCAGGCUAUCGAGAGUUCGUGGGAGCCUCUGUCUGCGCUCCAGCAAGAUGUUCCGGCCAAGGUUGCGGAUUACGUGUCUACAACCGACGAAGCUGACGAGCUCCGUGAUCAAGUAGAUUAGUCUUGUUCUAAGUCCCGACCAAGCUUUUUUUUUGGGGGGGGGGCAGUGUCGCCGAUUACGGCCUUUCGUUCAAGGCGGUCAAGCUGUGGCGCGUCGGCGAUCUACACAUGCUGGCUCUGGCCAAUGGAGAACCCAGGCACGUGCCUAGAUACGUAUCGAGGACGCUGUGCCUGCGCCGCACGGAUUGGAUGGACUGGUGGAACGCUGCGCGG